GUCGCUCAGUCAUGUCCGACUCUGAGCGACCUCAUGGACUGCAGCAUACCAGGCUCCACUGUCCAUGGGAUUUUCCAAGCAAGAGGACUGGAGUGGGGUGCCAUUGCCUUCUCCGUCCACUCGCUUUUAUGGGAAACUCUUUUAGGAAACUGCCCAGAGCCAGACCACAAGCCCAGUGAAGGAGUUAGCCCUGGCUUUGUUGCAGAAGCACACCAGCUGCGAAGGACGGCGCCGAAGCGUGGCGGUGAGGAGCUACCCCUCGCCCAAGGUCAGAGGUAGCGACCGAGAGCGCCAGGCUGCGGCAGCGUAGGAGCAGCGGCCGAGAGGAGCUUCCCCACGUCCGAGGUCAGGGGUGGCGGCCGAGAGGAGCAACCCCACCUCCAAGGAGCGGCUGCUGCCGGCGCAGGAGGGCUGAGAGGAGCUACUCCACGUUCAAGCUGUCAAAGUCCCAGGAAUUGAUUCAUGGAUACAUCACACUCGAGUCAAGAGGUGGCACCCUGACCGGAACUAAGUGAUGUCAUUUUAUGUCUUUACUUGCUAUGCUCCGACUUUGUACUUUUCAGAUGGGCCUGAUAAUCUAUGUGAGCCUACUUCUGCUGACUCCAGAAAUCCUGAGUCUGCCAUUUGAUCCUCAAGACAAUGCCUUCCUGUCCUGGGCUCACUCCUACGCUGCAUUCCACAAUCAGUCUAACUGCUGGGUCUGCGGAGCACUCCCCUCUUCAUCAGUGGAAGGCUUCCCGUGGUGGACAGCUCCACUUCAAGGAAAAGACUUUCUCCAAGUCUGCAAAUACCUUCGACAACAAUCGCGUGUGAUGCCUCUUCUUCAUCAUCUGAUGACAUCUAACAGCCCUGGAAUGGACUGGUGCAACACUUUGUAUUUGAACUAUGGACAUAACGUGACUUUUAAUUUUAAUUAUACAUUGUCUCAGUUUAAUGACUAUUUUGCUGCACAUAAGACAAAUAGGUCUAGAUCUGAUGGUUUUUUACCUGAUGUUUAUCAAAUAUGGGAUGAGGUUAUAUGGCUAACUCCUGAAAAAGGACGUCUAAUAUCUACUGCCCCCAUAUGCUGGGAACAAAUAGAGCCAUCCCCCAAAGUUGGCCAACAACUUAAUUACAAUGAUUGGAAAACAGUGGGAUUUUUGUCUCAGGAAAUAUGUAACGUAAUCAUUCCCGUGUUUUCCAAUCCCAGUUCAGGAUCUCCCUUUGUCUGGCCAGGCACUAAUUGGGACUGGAUAUCUCAGUCACGCUGGCUUGCUCCAAACGGGACUUAUUGGAUAUGUGGCUCUUACCUAUGGGCUUGGCUUCCCCCUGGCUGGAUAGGGAGAUGCACCCUGGGUCUAGCCUUUACUCACGGCUUUAUAUUUUCAGAGCUUCCAGAAAGGCCUGCUAAUCUUCCCCACCUUAAAACUCGGUGGGCAAGGUCUGUAUUUCACUGGUAUGAUUAUUUGGCGGCAGUGUUUGUCCCCUCUUUGGGAACUGCAGAUGUUAUGCUAUGAGUGGAUGCUUUGACUAAUUUCACUCAGCAGGCAUUACUAGAUUCUCAAAAAGCGAUUUCAGCUCUUAAUGCUGAACAAGCACAAAUUAGAAAGGUGGUUUUACAAAACAGGUUGGCUUUAGAUAUUCUGACAGCUGCCCAAGGAGGAACUUGUGCCAUCAUUCACACCCAAUGCUGCACGUAUAUACCUGAUAUGAGCACUAACGUUACUCACUUCACUGAACACAUGAACAAGAUGAUCUGGGCCAUGGAUAAUCCUGAAAUCGAAAUCUCAAUUUCCUCACUUUGGAAAUCGUUAACUAAUUCCUCAUGGUGGAAAAAUAUCUUAAUUACAAUAAUUCGGGUUGUUUUGUUUUUGCUGUUUGCUCCCGCCAUCUGUAACUGUGUAAUUGGAUUUGUUUCCAGUCGUCUGCAAGCUUUUAAGUUACAAAGGGUUGCUCAAACUCCUGCUACGAAUGCAGCUUCUUCCAACUACUAUUUGGGGCCCCAGAAUAAGACAUCCUCAGUAUGAGGAUGAGGAGAAUAUGUUGCCUCACCAAUUUAGGGACAAUGCCCCUUGUCAGCUCAGAAGCAGUUAUGGAAUGAGGACGACGCCCCUUUUCCCUAGGCAACAUAAUUCUCCUAAAAGAAAAGGGGGGAAUGAGAGGGUAACAGGCAGGAAGGCCAGGGGUCUCCAGAUGGAGGAAAGAGGCUGCAAGUGCCAGACAUUUUUAUCUCUCUUAAGAGGCGGGAGGAAGCGAUAUUUUUUUUUCUUCUCUAUACAAAUUUAAAAGGAGGUUUCUCUUAAAAUGCUGUGUUGCCAUGACACCUGGCUUCACCUGAAGCUAACUAUUCUCAAAACCUUGAGUUAACCAAUACAUUUUUUUCUUAUGGAAAUGUUUGUCUUAAGCUAUGUUAAUGUACCCCAGACUCUGUCUUCAAGUUGAUUCCGCCAAAUGGCCCAACCUACUUACUCAGAUAUUGUUCCCCUAAUCUAUGUAAACGAAACUAUUUGUUUGGUAAAGAUUCAAGUCAAUCGUUUAUGGCCGGGGAUGAAUUAUCUGGUGCCAUUCUAAAUUUUAAGACAUUCCUUUCUUUUCAUUAACAGACUGCGAGUGACUAUAUAACAUACAGCUGAAGCCUAGAAGGGGGGGUACUCUUUCUGCCCCCUUCUGAUGCCUAUGUCAGAAGCUUUCUCUAUCUCCUUUAUACUUUAAUAAAACUUU